CGAGGUUCCAGAUUACUUGGUCAGCUGGUAGCCGCACAGUACGUAUAUUUUCUAUUUCAAGGUUCCAGAUUACUUAGUCUUUACAUUCACUCCUUCACUCAAUCUUAAUAGCUAUAGUCGGAGAAUUCCUUGAUCACCAAUUCGUACUCUCAGUCCCGUUUGAGAGGUUGAGGGUGAUGGAAAGCGAAGAGGACCCUGUGAAGAAGACUCAAGUGGUGGAUGCCCGGGCUAGAAAUAUCAGUCAUAAUGUUAGGUGCACUGAGUGUGGGAGUCAGUCCAUUGAGGAUUCACAAGCUGAUAUCGCCAUUCUUCUUAGAAAGUUAAUUCGUGACGAGAUUCAUGCUGGGAAGAGUGACAAGGAGAUCUACAAGAAGCUUGAGGAGGAUUUUGGGGAGACGGUCCUUUACGCCCCAAAAUUUGAUCUGCAGACUGCAGGCUUAUGGCUAUCACCGCUUGUGGUUGCCGGUGCUGCUGCAGGUAUUUGGGCUUAUAAGAAGCACAGACAAAGGACUAAUGUCCACGUCAUGGCUUUGAACCUUAUUAGAGGUGUUCCACUGACCCCAAAUGAGAAGCAAACCAUGUUAGACCUCCUCACACCGCCACCUUCACGAGGAAAUAUACCUUCGUCUUGGUGGAGGAGGUGGAGAGAACAAUGAUGACCCCGUCUUCCAUAGACUUUCUUUCUUGAUUGUCCUUUGAAUUAUGGGUGAGCAAUAGUCCACCAAGAUGUAAAUCAACUUCUGUCGUGGUUUAUAUUGGUUGAGUAAAUUCUCAUAGCAAAGAAUUUUGGUCUCGCAAACUCAUGAUAAAGAAUGUUAAUUGUCACUCAAUUUUGUACUAUAGUGAGAAGCAGAUUUUGACGUCAUUCAAUAAUUGAUGGCUUGUUUAGGUGACCGUGACUUCAUUAUAUAAAACUCGUGUUCAUGUUUUGGUUGGAACAUGCUAA